UUCGGCGGUCAGUCAGUUUCGACUAGCUAGUUUGGUGGCACGUAGGAUGUCAGGAUAAAAAUAAGCGCUAGUCGUUAACUCGAUAUAGCUGUGGUAGAACGGUCGUAAGCAGAAGCAAUGGUGACAGACGCACUGAUCCAGCCCUGGCCAUGCUUGUGUGGCACAUUCGUACAUGCGCGUGAUCGGGAACGAGCGCUGUUGCUCGUUAUUGCAGUAUGAUUCACUGAGGUAGGCGAACAGUCCAUCGAGUUCUGACCACAGCGACUGUAGCUUGUACGAUGGGGACGGCAGCAGGCACGCGAAGCGACGACGGCAAAAAGGCCUAACGGGCAGGGCAGAUAAGAAUGACUAAUUCGUUGUGAAUGUAACACUUUUUUACUACUACUACUACUACCGGACGAAACGCAACCACCUGACUGUUAUCGGCCUGACUUUUAGCCCCUACGGAUCGGUGGCGGCAACUGGAUAGAACCCUCACCGCCUCUAAGUGCCUCGGUUUUGACUCAACCUUCAAAGUUGUCCAGUUGACUUCGUUUGUUCGAGCCUAUCUUUUGUUGUUAAGUGUCAAUUCCAGGUUACAUUUCGCUCUUCAAGUUUACCUGAGAAUGAAAAGUUCGUAAGGAAAGCGCAUACAUAAGGAGGCACUAAGUUAGUAAAGAUAAGUAACCUGAACUUGAAGAUAAACUUAAUGAUCGGCGGCACGGCAGAUAAGAAGCGUUAAAAUUUUUCUACUGCCAUAUUUGAAUUUCACAACAACUAUAUGCUGAUAUCGCCUAAUCACUAACAAGUUUAGAACAGUGAUGCAGUAACUUAGGUCUUCUCCAUCCAGUCACUUGAUCGGCGUCUAAUAGCGACUGGCCACCAUUCAAAGUGGAUCAUAACUUUUCCAGUUCAAGGGCUACACAUCGUCCCACAAGCACUUCGAGUAUAAUAACAGACUUGUUCGGUUACGUCCCGGUUACAACGACCGUGUCGGAUGCUAAGCUGUCGGGUGACAGUUCGAUAAAACGGUUACAGAAACCUGAACAGCGCCGAAGCGUUCGCCACUGACUGUUUGCCCUCAUGCUGCCAAUGCGAGACCCGGGCUCGUACCGCUACCGCUGUGUCUCCGUGCUGAUGUUACGCGAGAUCGAUAGUUUUUCUAGUAGAAGACAGCCAGUCUACUAGUGAGAAUAGUAGUAUUAUUCUCAAUCGUAACUGGUAGCGAUGGUGGUUGCUUCUGCAGCAGCGACACGCGCGCCAGCAGCUGCCGGCGCUAUAGUAGCAGCAAUCCAGAGGGCGUGUGAGAAGGCAGUGAUCGCUGUUGAGAGAGGACGAAGUAAAGGAGUACGGGAAAGAAUACGUGUGAAAGAGUUGCCAAACGACUAAUUAACUGAGCGAGUGGAAAGGCACACCGUGGCUGCAGCUGAUACUGUUGUUAUUGUUGUCGCUGUUGUUGUUGGAAGUGCUGUGGAAGAGGAAUUGCACCGAGUGACGCUAACGACAGCAACGGCGACCGAGUUAGGCGCGGUACUGAUACCAGCCCUUCUGCCGUAUGACGCUCUGCCGCGGCCGAGUGGCCGCGCACGCCACGAUGCCAGCCGGUGUUUGCCAACGGGAUGACAGGGAACGGACUUUGUUUGGGGAAGGGUGAAAUGGUGGUAGUGGUAAUUUGUAUGAAGUUAUUGACGUUGUCGGGUAUAGUCGCAAAGUUGCGCGCAACUACAGCAGUGGUUCUGCCGAGGACGUCGAUAACAGCGGCAGAUAACACUGUGACGACGCUCACGAGUUCGCGUCGGUCGCCCCUACGGGCACCAAUGCUACUAGCAGCACAAUCGAUCCCGCCGCUGAAUAUCAUCGUCUUCGUCGUUACCGCUGCCGCCGAUGCUGAAUUCACCGAGGGACAGUCGAGCGAAGUGCAGUAACAGUGAAAUGGGUCUCCCGGCAACUUCAUCGGCAGCCCUGUCAGCGUAGCUCUCAGAUUGCGAGUUUCAUCUGUUAGUUUACAUCUUCAUAGCGGGCAGCACAGUGGAACACAGUGAGGACAUCGAACCAAAGUGAAGUGAUGCGGACGAAUCGAUCUGCGCAUGCAUUCAGUCAGCACAAAUCUGCAGACAGCACUCGAUUGAAGUAAUCACUACACAGUUAUCGAUGCCCGUUUCUUCCGAGACAUCUCACAUGAACGUAAACGAGGUAGUGCUAGUCGUUGUGAACGGCGACAGUAGCAAAUAAGCGCGUCGCCACCCACGUGUAGACAUUUACGAGACGGUAACAACCAUCUGUCAAUGUCAGCCGGUCAAAACAGGGAGUUGCGCGAUUGUUGUGUCGUGUGUUUCGCUUUAAUAACAUAUUUAGCCAUUCUGCUCGAUAAGAUGCUGUCUAAAGACACCUAUUCCUGGUCCUGCACUUUCCUGUAUAUGCACAGAUAAAUAUAAGCAUACUUUGUGGCGAUUUGGGUCGUCAUCUAUAGAAGGGACUUAAUCAUUCGGGAGAAUUAGGAGCAGUUUCUGAUUCUACUGACUGUCAGUGUUGCCGCAAGAAGUGAUAGCUACACAGUUCGAGAGAAGGUUUCCGUAAGCAAACAGAGCUCGAGAUACAACAUGGACCCUAAUCAUCUGAAAGUAUGUGUAUCAGUCUCCUGAGUGAGUUCUGUAUCAACAAAAUACAGUGAAAGCCAUUAUCAACUUUGAGUCUAUAUCUACAUGUUUCAAAUAUAGUCAGUGUUGCCGCCGAAGUAUACUGUAGAAGUCGCCACGAAAUCCACGUCUACGCCUUGCGGGACAGCAGGAUGUGGACUAAAACAUUUGAGGACUAUUUCUUAGUAUUAUGUGUACUGUUUAUCAAUUUCUGUCUCUUCGGUAUAAUUCGAUCAGGCGCGCUGCUUUAUGUCGCUUUGAUAGAGACGUUCGAGUGCUCGCACGAACUCGCCGCAUGGCCUCUGACGUUGGCAGGGUCUUCAAUAUGCCUAAUAGGUCCGAUUGCGGGAUUGCUGGAGAAGAUUAUGUCGAUUCGGGCAAUUGUGACUUGGGGAGUGCUCACUGCUGCCAUUUCAUCUAUUCUAUGCUAUUUUGCUUAUAAUGUGACGAUAUUUAUUCUUCUCAUAGGCGGCCUGUACGGUAUUGGCACCGGGCUAGCUUCCACUUUAACCCCGAUCCUUCUUAAUGAGCGUUUCGAGCCAGAACGCCGUGCCCUGGCGUGUGGUAUUGCAUUCGCCGGUUCUACGUUGGGAUCAUUUGCUUGGCCGUACCUUAUUGAGUAUUUCAUUGAGCAGGUUAACCUUCGAGGAGCAAUGCUUAUUUACGGAGGAUUAAUUCUACACGCUUUACUGGGAUCAAUGCUUCUAAAACGGUCGAAGAAUUCCGUUCCGAAUGAUACGGCACUUGCGAACAAGGGAACGGCGAACACCAUGGACAAGGAAGCUUCUAAAAGAAUAAAUAUUGGUAACGGCGGCAGAAUCGAGGUGCGAGUCGAAAAUGGGCUAGAUAGCUGCACGGAAGCCAAGCUCGCCGUAGUCACGGUCAGUUCUCAGGCUGCAGUCAAAAAGGCCAAUGGAAUACCCUUGAUUACCAAAGAUGCCUACGAUCGCAAGGACCUGAACGCUGGAGCAAAUUCAGUUGUCAGGAUCAAGCAGCCCUCAUUGAUCCGUCGUUUUUUCAGUGAAGCACAAAGGGAAAUCUCUAUAUUAGCGGACCCCUAUUUCCAACUCGUCACAGUAUCGUCUGUAUGCUUUCUUUUCGUCUACGUUACGGUAUUUAUCAUUAUAACGGACUACGCCAUGGAUAACGGCAUAUCUUACGGAAAUGCUAUGCACCUCAUAACAAUAUUUAGCAUUGCGGACCUUCUUGUAAAGCCAGUGCCAGGCUGGCUGACAUGUAAGAACAUUCUUACGAACAGAGACAUUAUGAUUAUUGGCGUUGCUUCAAUGGGCGCCAUUUGUUUCAUUCUACCACAUACAACGUCAUACAUAGGAUUCUCCGUGAUCUCGUUUCUUUACGGCCUACUUACAGGAGGACUAGUGUUCUUGACCCCAAUUCUGAUCACGGAGUUUUUACCGAUAGAGAGGGCCCCAAUUGCGGUUGGAUUGAGUAACUUCUUUGUGGGAAUCACAGGCUUCUUAAGGCCGGCUUUCAUAGGGUAUUUCAAGGACGAAUCGAACAAUUAUCACGGCCUAUUCCACACGAUGGGCGGCGUGUGUUUGGUUUCUGCCAGCCUUUGGAUAUUUGAAUGUGCGAUUCGGAAACGUAGGGAAGGAAUGCGAGGAUACGUUCGGCGUCAAUUUGUCAUCUUAGAGGAAUGUGCCUGAAAUAUGAAGAAUCUCGACUCCUGUACAAGGAUCUCGCUGAGGGCAUUUCACGCUGCACGUACGGGUGCAUUGCAUGCGUGUACGUAAAAAACAAGUGUGUAUACAAAUGCUACCCCUGUGAAAAGUAAUCGACGCAAUGAGUCAUUACAAAACUUUUGCUUACUGAGUAAAUGAUCAGCGCGAUCUAUUAGUUUGAUCGAGAGGAAGUAAAAGCGGAAAAGAGCCGGAAGAAGACCGACGAACCAAGAAGAAACAAAUUAAAUAACCUGUCCUGUUAUAGACAUUUCCCGUUAUAGAAUGAGGCAGGCCGCGUGUCUCAGUUAUGGAUAAACACCCACUGGAAAUAUGUGUGGUGCUACCAACGCUAAAGAUGGAACUUACUUCAACUCGUGUAGUGCCAUUCCGACAUAAGCUGUACUAACACGUCUCCUGCGAAAGAUGUAUAUAACAUAAAGCACACAGUGCUUUUUUCAACUAUAUUAGUACGUAGGUACUUUCUUUAAUAAAUCUGAUAUCUUGAGAAGCUAUGGGAGAGCUCAUUCUACGAAGUUCUACGAAGAUGCUGAUCGCAAACCGAGCCGAGAGCAAACACGAUAGUUCAGUCGUCUCCGCUCACAAAGUUAUGUAGAAGGUAUUAAAAAAUGUUUUUUUAGAAUGAAGUUGUCUAUGUAUUUUUUUAAAUUAAUUUUCUUAUUUGGUUUUCUCUUCUUGUCGAACAAGCUAUAGAAAAUCAAAUAGUGCAUAGUACUUUAGGGGCUCGAAGGAAAAGAGCAAUUUAUCUACAUUAGGAAGCCGUGUUCGAAAUUGGUAUUUGAGGCCAAUGCAGGUGGAAUAUAAACGGCGCUAUUAAACUGAUGAUUAUGCAGUAAGAUUCAUUGUAAGCAUGCUGGCCAAUAAGGAGUUAAUAGGUGCCGCAGAGAUAAUUUUUUUGACAGUUUGAUAUGCAUAUCUACAGUGAGGUACUAUGGUGCAUCUGAACAGAGAAUUCGAAAUUGUACCCACCCAUUUUUCGGUCCACUGCAAAAUACUGAGCUCCGUAUACUCAGUACUAUCCGGUGGCGCUUAGCAAUAACCCCAAUAAUGCUUUGGUUGUUUUGAAAAGAUCCUAAAGCCAAUUUCAAGCCGUAGUUUUGUUUAAUACUAUCUUAUUAUCUGUACAAUAGCCAAUUACAACGCCGCAGUAUUUUCUAGAGUAUUUUCUAAACGUUCAUCAAAAAGAUAUCGUAAGGUUAAAAAAAGUGUAACAACUGGAAAAGCAAGGAGCCAUCAACUAAAACAUGGACUGAAAAGCAGAUUUAAAUAACAAUCGACAAUAAAAAUCAAAAACGCUACGAAGAAGACAAAUACUGUUGAGUAAAUUGAAGACAAGUAAUAAGCGUUACUAAGUAAGCGUUAUGAUACACUUUGUUUGCUUAUAGGGUUACUCUGUUAAUCAUAUCUAAUAUUUCAAUCUAUUUUUCUUUGACUUGAAAAUGUUUUUCAUAUGAUGAAAUCUGUCAAAAGUCGCGUACUUUCAAAAACGUAUUGGCCGUUUUUCUAUUUAGAUGGCUGAAGUCACAUACUUCAGCGUUGUCCUUAUUUGAAAGCUGAAGUUCGACUGUAGUAGAUGCCUAGUAGAAUCGUCGCGAUUCUUGUGAUCGAAAUUAACACAAAACAAUGAGUGCAAUUUCGGCGAAAUUGUGUAUUAGAUAUGUAACUAUAUUAUACAAUUCUAUUAUUACGAGAAGGCCACAAACACUGGAAAGGCUCAUAACAAAUUGCUCUGCGUUAUCGAAAGAAACGGCUUAAAUAGUUCCAUCGGUUUUGUCCUGGAGAUUUGAUGUGGAGGUCGCUCCCUGAUGUGGUAGUUAAUCUACUACAAAAAAAAAAUUGAUGAAGCAGUCGUGAAGGUUAAGAAUGAGCGACACGUAGAUGGCCUUAAUAUCGCGGAAGUACUGUACAAUUUUAAAUUAUCCGAGAAGAACUGGCUAUCAAAAACGUUGAUAUUACACGAAUUAAUGCAGGACACUUUAUCUUCUAUUUGUAAAAUUCAGCAGAAACGCAACGAAAUUGAAGCGUUUCUAGGGUGGCUGGUCACGAGGAAAGGUGGCUAACGUACGACAAUAAUGUGCAAAUAAAAGAAGUACUCGAAAAUUUGUUUCAAUCAAAGAAGGUGAUUGUUUGAUGGAACUGGCAAGGAAGACAAAAUGAUUGAGUCGAACUUUUACUGUUAAUAACUAACGAGAUUACAACAUCCCAGUGAAGAAAUCGACCGAAACUAGUGGGCAAAAAAGGCCAUCGUCCUCUAUUAUAACAAUGUCACAUCACAUACGUUUUUAGCUGGCUAAAAAAAUUGGGAAAUCUUAGAUGGAAAAGUGCACCCGCCGUACUGCACUAUUGUUUACAUCUAUUGACUUUCAAUAAAGGAAUGCUAAAAUCACUUAGGAUAGCUUGUCACCUGGAAGCCGUAAAAGCUUUACAAUAUUGGAAUUAUGCUGUUACCAGAAGAAUGGCAGAAGGUCAUCGAUCGAAAUCGUGUAUAUGUGUGAAAAAAAAAACUGCAAGAACAACAAUUACAUUCUAAACGUAUUACUCCAUGUGUUUAAGGUACCUAAGCAUCUUAUUUAAGAGCCUUAUACACAGCCGACUUCAUGGUACCGAGUGUAUGUAUUUAUACAGGUAACUGUUACUUACUAAUCUGAUUUAGACUUCCUGUUAGCUUGACGGACUCGAACAGGAACCUUCUGACAGGCAGUAUAGUAAAACAUCAUCUUACUGCAAUUGAAGUCUGCAUCUUGAUCUUGAUGUUAAAACGUUUUCUAACUUGAACUAAGUGUAAAUUUUCAAUAAGUACAAUGGCUCUAGUACAAUAAUCCCGUGCUGAAAAAUCACUGUGCACUUAUAAUAAGUGAUAGAAGUUAGAUGUAACGAGGCAUAAUACUAUUUUGGCUAAAUCCAUAUAACAUUUCCUCUAAUUGUAUCAAUGGAUACUGAAUAAUAUUAUCCGUGAAGAAAAAUAAAAAUAUCCGUGAGAUAUAUGUUA